CUUCUGUAUCAUAUGUGUUCAUUUAGCCUACAGAACAAUCGUUAUAGAUCUGGAAGACUGAAUCGUGAUCCCCGUCAGCUUGAAAGAUCAGGAAAAUGAAGGAUACAUUUUAUUCAGAUGAGCACAUGAUUAUCAUCAUUCCAUUGGGCAGUCUUAAAGAUGCUCAAGAGGGCCAGUUAAUGCCGGAGAAUUUCCACUGUGUGUUUAAAGAUGUCUACAAGGUGUUCUUGAAGGGACAACCCAAAGCACUGGGGAUGGCUCAGUUCAUUGCUGGAGUUUUCAUACUAAUUCUUGGUCUACUGACUCAAAACCAAGAUGACUUGUUGUAUACUGUGCCUAGUGUUCUAUUUUUCCUCUCAGGAAUGCUGUCAUAUGUAGCUGGUCAGUCUCCAAACAUGUGUGUGACAAAACUGUCGUUUUCAGUGAACAUCACCAGCUUUUUCUGGUCCAUUGUGGCUUUUACUCUCCGUGCCCAUCAUGUGUCUUUUGCAACAGACCUUGAAGCGGUAGAAAAAGGGAUCCAUAUCAUUAUUGCAGCGCUCUUGAUCAUCGAAAUGUUUGUUGCCAUGGUCUUGAUCUACUGGGAGAGUAAGGCAGUUUGCAGACAACAUUUCAACAUUCUGCCACUUCUCACUCUCAAGCAGAUGGGGAACUAAAAGAUUGACAAGAGCUCAACAACUAAGAGUAAUAGGUUAGAUAAAUCAUUGGCUAUCAUGUCAAACUUCUAAAAGGGCUGUAUGUUUGCCAAUUCAUUCAAUGUUUUUUUUGUUUGUAAAGCUCUAAUUGUUUGUUACUGUCAUACUGUGGGUAUUAUUUAUGGUUUUAUCAAGAGAUGAUUGUACUUCAGAGAUCUUUAUGAUGCUGUUGGAUUCAUUGCUCAAAAUAAAAUGAAUUGUAUUCUGA